GCCAUCAAUGGAAAUUUCCACUCCAUCUGUCGAAUUUCUAAAGUCAUCACCAUCGUCUUCACAGACCUCUCAGAAACUUAACGUCGCCGGCUAUUAAAGAAUUGAAAAAGACUCCGCGCAGGCUAAUUUAGAACUCUGCAUUGAAUUUUGAUUGGCCGUUCAAAUAUACAUCUUUAAUUCAAAGUCAUCAUGUCUCAGCAGCACAUCAGCCUCCCAGCCAAGCUCAUCAAUGGCGGCAUCGCCGGCAUUGUUGGCGUCACUUGCGUCUUCCCCAUUGACUUGGCAAAGACGAGGUUACAGAACCAGAGACAAGGACAGCAGGUCUACAAGAGCAUGAUGGACUGCCUUGUGAAAACAGUUCGAUCGGAGGGCUACUUUGGCAUGUAUAGAGGCGCCGCUGUGAAUUUGACUCUCGUGACACCCGAGAAGGCCAUAAAGCUGGCCGCCAAUGACUUUUUCCGACACCACUUUGCGAAAAAUGGUCAAGGUCUGUCGGUGUUCAAAGAGAUGCUGGCUGGCUGCGGCGCGGGCAUGUGUCAAGUCAUAGUCACCACACCCAUGGAAAUGCUCAAGAUACAGUUGCAGGACGCCGGCAGAAUCGUUUCUGUAGUUGCCGAGCAACAAAAGCCAGUCAUCACGUCUUCCUCCAAGCUUGUGGCCACCAAUCCGCUACUGAGUCGCUCCUACAACUCGGGAACUGUGACCGCGCUGGCCACGCCACGCCCCGCGUCGGCAACGCAGAUCGCCAGGGAGCUCCUCCGCACGCAGGGCAUCCAGGGGCUUUACAAAGGCCUUGGGGCCACGCUCAUGAGGGAUGUCCCCUUCUCAGUCGUCUACUUCCCUUUGUUCGCCAACCUCAACAGACUCGGCCAGUCGAGUGCUGACCAGUCGUCACCUUUCUACUGGGCUUUCCUCUCGGGUUGCGCAGCAGGCUCCACUGCCGCAGUGGUCGUCAACCCCUGUGAUGUGGUGAAGACCAGACUGCAGUCACUGAACAAGGGCUCGGCUGAAGAGGCUUACAGCGGAGUCGUCGACUGUGUCAGCAAAAUCCUGCGCAAGGAAGGACCGUCCGCUUUCAUGAAAGGCGCCGGCUGCCGAGCCCUGGUCAUCGCGCCUCUGUUUGGCAUCGCCCAGGUCAUGUACUUUGUCGGUGUGGGCGAGUACAUCCUAGACAACUCCCCUCUCGGUGUCCUGUCGCCGUAAGAGGUCCUCGCCACCUGAGCAGGGGGACCACUUGGAGCCAAGAAGGAUGGCCGCAACUGGCAGCUACGUUCUAUCAGUUUACAUCCAUGCAAGGAGGAAGAAGAGUUGUGUUGCACUUGAAACACUUUUGUGGCUUAACUCUCGCCCUCGGCCCGCGUUGGCACUGUGACGAUAAUCAGCCUUACUCAUGAGGAGUUGAGAGAGGCACAGCUAUUUCAUUUUCAGUGUUUUUUCUGUUUCUAUGUUACGUAGUUACUGUGAGUGAAGUCUUGCCUUCACAUGGUCAUUUCAGUGUGAAGGCCUUUGUUACCACCACGUCACUGUGUGUGCGUGUGACUGUGAAGAUGUGUGUUUUGUCCACAUUAAUUUGCAUGAACUUUCAUCCUGCUGCAAUGCCUUCGUGGGGAAAAAAAUGACACUACAAUAACUUUUUUGUACUAUGUAUGAAUACCCAUGCAUUACUAAAUAAUGCAAUCUA